CAAUACAUCUCCGUUAAACAUUCCAAUAUUAUUAAAGCGCUCAACCGCCACCACAAUUAACGUCGCCACAGUCUACUUAACGAAUACAUACAAAAGCAGGCUAUAAGAAAAAGGGAAAGAGGCCCGACAAGAAGUUCAUAUUGCCGCCACUUCUGUUCUGCACCUGCAGCUGCCUCCUACCAUGAUACGCAUUGCAGGUGCAGACGUGCCAUUUCGGAAACGGUUGCCAGCCGAAGGUGCUAAGGGCAGCACUGCAGGCUGCAGCCGCUGCUCUGCCUCGUGCUGCACCUGGUCUUGCAGGCUUUGCAGACAUUGUUUUGGCGGUGUUCAUGUCAGACGUUCAAGAAUUUUGCUGCUGCUACUGCUGUUGGUGGUGUUCUACGCCACUACAGCUCCCUUAUAUUCAGUAGAACCCUCCAGUACUGCGCCCGUCAUAACCAGCGAACAGUCCCUGACAAAGGAACGAGACUCGCAUCGCAGCAGUGAGAAGAUUUCUCCCCCGCCAUCAAGCGAGACUCUCGGUGACGCGUCAGCAAGACUCGAGGGCGGCAAGAACAACAGCGACCGCACCAUAUACACUCAAAUGACUGGCAUAAAUGACAUCAAAAUGGGUCACAGCGUAAACAAUAGUGGAAGUUCCAUAACCGAGGGAGACUUAGAUAAAACAAGCAAUAACAAGUCGGGCCACGUGGCAGGUGAAGAGCCAAACUUGAGCUCAGUAAGCGGAGAGCCAAACUUGAGCUCAUUGAGCGGAGAGCCAAACUUGAGCUCAGUGAGCAGAGAGCCAAACUUGAGCUCAGUGAGCGGAGAGCCAAACUUGAGCUCAGUGAGCGGAGAACCAAACUUGAGCUCAGUGAGCGGAGAGCCAAACUUGAGCUCAGUGAGCGGAGAGCCGAACUUGAGCUCAGUGAGCGGAGAGCCAAACUUGAGCUCAGUGAGCGGAGAGCCAAACUUGAGCUUAGUGAGCGGAGAGCCGAACUUGAGCUCAGUGAGCGGAGAGCCGAACUUGAGCUCAGUGAGCGCAGAGCCGCUGACUUGCCCAACUGUGCCUCCAAACCUUGGAGGACCAGUCGCUGUAAACACUUCUUCAGCAGACCUUGCGGAGGUAGAGCGGCGUCACCCCGAGCUGCUGCCGGGGGGCCGAUGGCGGCCGGAGGAAUGCCAGGCACGGCAGAAGGUGGCCAUCAUCAUCCCAUACAGGUUAUAG